AGGUGCGGCGGGAGGCCACCGCCACCUUUCCGGCUUUUCCUCCGCCUGCAGCCGUCACUCCCUCCCGCUGUCAGACGCUUCGAACGGCUGCUCUUCCAGACACUUUUCUCUUCGUCUUUUGACACCUCGUUGAAUCCACGGAAGAAGUUUUGCGCUGAAAUUACACAGGAAGGAAUUAGCGUGUGCAUAUAUAUAUUUUAAAUUUUUUUAUUUUUUUUCAGCCGUGGAGUAAAAAAAAAAAAAAAAUGUCCCGUUGACGAGUCUAAGUGGUGAAAAGCGAAGGGCCUGUUUCUGUAAUGAUUGAGUAAAGCUCCAGAAAUGGCACUAAAGGCACAGGUUUUGUAUGACUUCACAGCUGAACCUGGAAACAAUGAGCUGACAGUGAAGGAAGGAGAGACGAUCACAGUCACCAAUCAGAAUAUCGGGGGAGGCUGGAUUGAAGCACAGAACUCCAAAGGGGAGGUUGGACUGGUUCCAGAAGACUACAUUGAGCUCAGUCAGGCGGUUCCGUCGUUCUCAGGAGCAGCGGUCACAGUAGCUCCCGGUAAUGUGACGUCUGCGGACCUGUCCUUCUUUGACACGUACGCCCCCUCAUCAGCACCUGCACAACACCAGGUUGAUACUGGGGAAUUGAGUCCUCAGCCAGACACCCCUGACACCCCAGUUUCCCCCUACUUUCCAUACCAUGGCGAGGCUAGUAACGGUAAUGAUCCCUGGUCAGCAUGGAACACAGAUCCCGCACGGGGUUCUUCCAACAACUGGGCAUCUAAUCCAGAGGCCUCCCAGACUGGGAGGAACUCUACUGCCGAUCCAUGGGGCUCUGUUGGCCAGAACCAUCCUCAGGCGUACCAGGGACCAGGAGCAGAGGAUGACGAGUGGGAUGAUGAGUGGGAUGAUGUGAAGUCUUCUGGAGGUUACGCAGAGUCAGAAUCUGGAGAGAGUGGAGCAAUCUCAAGGAGCGGCGCUCACGGGUCGUCGAUGAAAAUCUCCCUCAACAGGUUCCCUGGGUUCUCCAAGUCUGGUCCAGAGCUCUACCUGCUGUGCAAGCAGUCUGCUAAAGGCAAAGACAAGCUGACAGUCUAUAUAGGAGAAGUUGGUCCAGUGUGGUUUUACCCAGAAACCCAACUCGAUUGCAUCGUGGCCCAUCCCAAGAAAGGCUCAAAGAUGUAUGGCCUCAAGAGCUACAUCGAGUACGAAGUCACACCCAGUACCACAAACCGCCCUGUCAAUCACAGAUAUAAGCACUUUGAUUGGCUGUACGAGCGACUUCAUGAUAAAUUUGGGUCAACCAUCCCCAUCCCUUCUUUACCAGAUAAACAAGUAACUGGGCGUUUUGAGGAAGAGUUUAUUAAGAUGCGUAUGGAGCGGUUGCAGGGUUGGAUGACCAGGAUGUGCAGGCACCCGAUUAUUUCCAGCAGUGAAGUAUUCCAGCUUUUCCUCUCCUACAAGGAUGAGAAGGAUUGGAAGAUGGGCAAAAGAAAAGCAGAGAAGGACGAGACGGUGGGAGUGAUGAUUUUCUCCACAAUAGACACCGAAGCUCGAGAUCUGGAACUUCCCGAUGUUGAAAACAAAUGUGAGCAGUUUAGCAGGUUUACCAAAGCCAUGGAUGACGGUGUGAAGGAGAUCCUCACAGUGGGCCAUGAGCACUGGAAACGAUGUACAGGACCUUUACCAAAAGAGUACCAGAGAAUCGGCAAAGCCUUCCAAAACCUGUCGUCUGUCUUCAUCAGCAGCGGGUACCAAGGUGAAUCAACUCUCACUGACGCCCUGACGGCAGCAGGAAAAACCUACGAGGAGAUCGCUCAGCUGGUGGCAGAGCAGCCCAAGAAAGACUUGCACUUCCUGAUGGAGACCAAUAAUGAAUAUAAAGGUCUUCUGGGAUGUUUCCCAGAGAUCUUUGGAGAUCAUAAGGCGGCCAUUGAUAAGGUGAAGGAAGCCGACAAGUUGGUGGCUGCAAAUAAAAUUACAACUCAGGACAAAGUUACAAUGGGCAAACGACUCAGCACCAUGUCUUACUCAUUACAAGCUGAGAUGAACCACUUCAAUAGCAACCGUAUCUAUGACUACAACAGGGUGAUGCAGUUGUACCUGGAGGAGCAAGCCAGGUUUUACGAGAUGAUUGCUGCCAAGCUGAGACAAGCCCACAGUCAGUUCACCACCAUGUAGAAGCCGCGGCAGAAGACUUGGACCUGCUCUGCACCCAAAAUAUUCCUCCUCAUAGUGCCUUGUCUCCUUCGGCUCAUUUCUUUCUUCCUGUCUUUGCUCGUGCAGACUGUCCCAGCAGCUCUCAGCGCUUUUCUCUACCUGCUCACAGAGAUGCGCCGAUGUAAAGUUGCGCACCGACUCGGCUCACCUGAGAGCGACACGUUGUCCCACCUCUUCCUGUUCCUCUUGCGUCACACGUGUGGGUUUUCACCAGAACUCCACCAGUGAUGCAACUGUGACGCCCCAUGUAGCUCCGCCCGUUUUUCUCACUCCGCGUUACAGCUGGUCUGUGUAACACGGAUCCCGUUGACUCUGAGACGGGCCGUCUGCAUGUCGCGGACGUUUUUGUUCAUUUGCUGUUUUGUGGGAUGAAGUACUUCAAAACAGCAGUGAGGCUUUAUACACUUUAUUUUCUGCUCACUCGGCUGUUUGUUUCUUGGAGAAAAAUAUCCUGAAAUGGUCAAACGGUGUUUGUCUGGUUCUUCAUUGGUUUUGUUGGUUACGUUUGGGUCACGUUGGUUGUGUUUGUGAAGCAAGAACCCGUUUAACCAGAAUGUUGGCUUUUGUAAUAAAGUGUGAAGAUGACGAUGGCACAUUUUUUUCAUUUUUCACGCAUGAUUCUAAACCUGGGUGACAUCACAAGGAGAUGAAGUAACUAUGGCAACAUGUUUACCUCCAAGGAGGUUGUGUGAUCACUGACCAGGAUCGCUCAGGAAGUGAGGGACAUUUUCACUGAGGUUUAGGGAAGAGGUGGGAAUUUUGUGAAGGAAACAUUUAGAAGCCAAUGCAGGCGUUUUAAGUGUAUUUCGUUUUUUUGUUCUGUUACUGCAGCAUUUGGACGUGAAGUCAAACUCCAGAUGUCUUAGUUCUCACACGUCAGUUACUCAAGUUCCAGUUUUAUACAAUUAUAAAGAAAUCAGGGAAUAGAAAGAUUUAUGGAAAAAGAAUUGGUGGAGCUCAGAAAAUGAGUGGAAAUCUGGACUGGACAAGGUUUAGCAUUCAGGAAUGAUCCAACUUUGUCAAUAAAGACCUGAUAUUUCGGGAGGAGAAUGAAGAUUUAUCGAAAUCAAAGCAGUUAACGAUUCUGCUUCUUGGACUACUACUUCAUCAUCAACGCCUGAUCAGUUUGCUUCGGACAAAUGUAGGAUUCCACAUGUUUUCUGGAUCACUGCAGCCAUCUUUGUUUUUGUUUUUUGUUUUUUUUUUGUAGAUGCAGUUUGUCACAAAAACAUGCAGGCGUUGAUAAGAGGAGCUAAUAGCGUCUGAGCAUUUCCAAUCUCUACUUAAACUCGGGUGUUUGAGGUCAAUAUGUUUAUCAGGAAGAUGAAAUAAAAAUAUGGCACCAUGUUGGUGUGUGCCAGUUAUAAGGUUUGGAAAAAAAAAAAAACAUAUGCAAAUUCUUUAAAGCUUUGGUGCAUCUGAUUGAUCUGCUUUCCUCUCAGUGAAGUCGUGUCCGGUUCUUGGCCGUUAUCCGUGACGCCUCCGGUGUAAAAGUUGUGCCAAAUGAACAUGCAGAGUUCCAACAGUCCCGUAGAAGCAGCUGUGACUGAGCAUAUCGUCUUCUGUCCAUGUUGUGGGCUUUCUCCUCCAUUGUCCUUCACUUCCUGAAUGGUUUUGAAGCUCCGCCCUUCCUGUCUGUAUCUUCUGUCUUCUACGAAAAUAGCCCCCCCCCCGCUGUUUACAUUUGAGAGAGAAGUCGGCGUGUGGAAUAAACUCAGUGUAAGUUGUUUAUUCUUGUCUUCACGUCGCUGCUGCUCCUUUCACACAUGACAGCAACGCUCUCGCUACAGUGAUGUGUUCAGGGUCCGGCGCUCGGCUCUGUCUGCAUGUUAUGUUUGUCACGAUUAAGAGUCAGUCUGAGAAAAUGUUCUCCAUAUUCCACCUGCAAAUGUCUUGUUUUGUUCAACUAAUGAACCCAAAGUCCCAACUGCGACGUUGUCAACGAUGUUAGUGAUUACUGAAAAGAACCAAAUGCUGAUGAUGGAGAUGGUGUUUGGCGGUUCCCGAUGACUUUUCUGUUGAUUAUUUGAAUUAUGGGUUCCAGCCGUCGGCUGAGCCGUGUGUGUUUUAUUAUUAUUGUUAUUAUUUCUUGUCUAUGCAUUAUUGCUUUGACCGGCCUCUUUGCAAUCACUUAGUAAAUUUAUGUAUUCUGACCGAUCAGGUGCUCGUUGGUCUCUGAGAUAUUAUUUUAUGUAUAGAAAUAUUUACAGCACAGCAUCAGAGGAUUUAUUAAACAGUGAUUUGUACUCUGU